AGUUGAUCUAAUUCGUUGUGUCAAAUCCUUCCAAUUCUCCUAGAUGAGCGAGCGGCGGCGGGUUCUGAACUCCACUUCCCCCUCUUCGUACUCAUCCCCUUUUUUUCACAUUUACCUUUACCUUAUGUCCCCUAAAACCACUUACGGAAAACCUGUUCAGGCAACCCCGUCACGGCGUUCCACAACAUCAGCCCCGUACUCCCACACUCGCCCUCAACGAAAACAUGCAAUCAAACAACAUCGCCACCGUCGCGCUCACGGCGUCGCUCAGCAAGGAGGACUAAUCACACUGGACUACCUCAUCACUUCAUUCGCAUCUCAUCCAUAUACCAAUCACUCUUCUCUUCCUAGGAAUCCCCAUGCCAACACCCCAGAUCUGCAACUAUCCUCACCGCCCUUCUGGUACCACCAAAUUCAGCCUCAUCAUUUCACCCAGGCUAUGUGGAGUAGAAUGGAGUGGAGGAAGGCCCAGUCGUGCAAUCGUCGGAGAAUAUCCGUUGUCUUGGAUCCCGUGCGAUUCGGCCUCGUCUGGAAGCGAGGGCUAUCUGUCGUCGGCGGUGUAACACGGUCAAAAUGGGGGGUGGUAGAUGAUGUACGUGUAUUUGGAGAAGAUGGGGAAGCGAGGCGUGACAGUAAUCAAUCAUUGAGAGGGGUCGGAUGGGGCGGAUGGGUGACGUCGUGUUGCAGAGUGAACGUGCGUUCUGUGGCCUCGUACUUCCUGUAACCGUUCGUAGUUCAGGCGCUUGGAGGCCCUGGCUUGGGAUCAUCGGUUCAGGCUUGUUUGCUGCUGUGCAGUGUUGCGGAGGAGUGUGAACACGGG